CGUAUAUGCCCAAAGUUUCCUUCUCCUUUAGCCUGCAAUUGUCACUGCCCUCUUUUCAACGCGUGUCAUUCAGAGUCUUUCUCUCCCCGCCCCUCUACUUUUGUUAUGGUUAAGUUUCACUUUACUCUCCACAACCAAACCUUUAGAACCAAACCUUUAGCUUCAAACCCAUAAUGAAAGUUCUAGGUGUCUCUCUACUGCUCACAGAUUGUCCAUGAGAUUGAUCAUGCUACGAUUAUAAGUAUCACUGGACAUAGAGCCCUGAAUCAGUUGAGUUGGAGGAUGGAAGACCCAAGUGAGGAGUGGGAGACUGAAGAAUAUUCAUGUGAAGGUAAUGGAGGCAAGAUGAGUUGGUUGUUGAACAAUGGUCUGGGACUGGGAAAGAAGGUUUUGAUAACUGGUAUUGUAGUUUCAUCCACACCAUUGGUUAUUCCUCCACUUUUGGCUAUUUCAGCAAUUGGGUUUGUUUUUUCAAUCCCUUCUGGCCUCCUCUUGGCAAGCUAUGCUUGCUCUGAGAGACUCAUGACAAAGUUGCUCCCAGGACCUGCACUACCUUCUCAUCUGCUAGAUUUUGGACUAGCAUCUGAUGAUGAAGAAGUAGAAGAGGAAGGUGAGGGCUGUGAAGGAGAUAUUGGUAUGGAAAAAGAGGAAGAAGAACAAAUGAAGGAAACAAAGAGAGGGGUUGAGAUGAGAAUUGAAUUAGUACUGAGAGAAGGAAAAGUCACCAAAGGGAAUAAUUUUGGUGUAAAGAAGGAUGAGCAAGGACUUAUAGAAGAUGUAGAUGAUAUUUUAGAGGAAAAUAGUUAUGAGGAAGAUGGUGGUGAAUGUUUGGAUGAAGAGGAGGAAACCCCAUUGGAAAAGAUGAUUAAGGCCAAACAUUUAGGACCGAGAGAAGAUGAAAAGGAAGAACCUGUGAUAGAAGAGAAUGAUGAACAGCCAGUUGAUGGGGCUGAAAAAGGGCUUGUGGUUGUAAUUGAAGAUGUUGGUGACUGUUUGGGAGAAAAGGAGGAAACCCCAUUGGAAGAGAUGAUUGAGGUCAAACCUUUAGGACUGAGAGAAGAUGAAAAGGAAGAGCCUGUAAUAGAAGAGAAGAGGAACGAACAGCCAGUGGAUGAGGGUACCAAAGGAGUUUUGGUUGUAAUUGAGGAAUAUGAGGAAAGUGGAAACAGUAUUAAAGGAUUGGAGACACCAUUUGAGGUGGCAACUGUUGUAGUUUUAGAAGAAAUUGGUAGUAAUGAAAGAGUAAAUGAUAUUGAAGCUGUGGAAGAGGACAAACAGUAUGAAGAGGAAAGGCAAGGAGGUACAGAGGAGGGAGAACAGAAAAUUGUUAAAAAUGCUGAAGUGAUGCAAAUACCAAAUGAAGAUAAGAAUGUUCAUAGCAUGGUGGAGAUGGAUGGCAGCUUGGAAGAAUUGAGAGAGGAGGAAGUUCAAAAAGUUGGAGAGAAGAUGCUUGAAACAAGAUACAUGGAAAUUAUAGAUGCUGUCCCCAAAGAGGCGCAAGCAAUUGAAAAGAAGGGAGAAGGAAAAACUGUAGUUAAUAAUGAACAAGCAGAAAAGCCAAUAGUGGAAAUUAGUGAAACAAUAAAUGUGCUUAUUGGCCCAAAGGGGAUGACUCUAGUGGAAGAAAUGAGAGAAGAGGAGGAUGUUAAUUACAUUAAAGAAGCAGAUGUAUCAAUGGGAGAUGGAAAUGUGGAGCAUAAAUUUGUGUUAGACAAGGGAGCUACAUUGCAAGGAGGAGGAGUAGAGGAUAAUUAUCUUGCUGGUGAUGCGAAUCAGGAUUUGCAAUUGAACAAUGAAAAGGAAAUUGUGAUUUCCUCAAAUGCAGAUGUAAGAGAGAUUGCUGAUGAAAGUGGACUUGAUUUGUUAGAUGAAAAAAAUGAAGCUGGUAAGCAGUAUGCUUAUGUAGUUCAUGGGACGCCCAAAGAAUCUUUAAGUUACACUGGCAGUGAAGAUAUAAAAUCUUUGGAGCAUCAAGAUCCAGCUGCAGUGGAUGAGUCUAGUCAUAAAGGAAUUUCGUUGGAGAAAGACAUCACUGUUCCUUCUAAUGAGGUCAGGGCCUAAUUUAUAUUUCUUUCAAAUAAACCUUCUCACAGGGUUAUCACCUGAAUGACGAAAAAAUGAAAAUAGGUCCGUGCUUCUCGUGGACAGCUGGGGCCUAAUGCUCAUGUUAUUGUUUGUGGUUUAAUUCUAUUUGGAGAGAUGUGCAUGGAGAUUUUUAUUUAUCAAAUAUUUGUCUGUAUCAUUCACUCAAUUCAACUUACUUUUUCUGUUUGAUUG